AUGGAAGAACUCUCCGAAGUCGAGGUCAUCAAGAUGGAGGACGAAAACGUCGUCGCACCCGCAGCAACAUCAACCCUUAUCGAGACCGGCGACGAAAACCCUACUCCCGCCACCACCCCUGCCAACGCUAUUGCUCCAACUGCCGCGGACCCUCAGGACCCAGACCAUUCCAAGGACGCAGCUGUCCUCCCUGCAACCACUGCCACUUCCACAACUGAGGUCAUCACCGGACCCUUCAACGACGAAGAUACCACUUUCCACAAGGCAUUGAAGAAUGCUAUCUCCACAGAGACCCCCCAGGACUUGGAUGUACAAGGAACUCUUCCGGACUGGCUGACAGGAUUCCAUUAUACCCUCAGCCCUGGUAUCCUUGAUGUCAAGUAUCCCAAGAUGGUCUCGGUCCACGGCGACCUUCAGCAGGAGACCAGGACUUUCACCUUUGGCCAUUGGUUUGACAACAUUCCACAAGUCAACCAGUUUGCGUUCUCGGGAUCCGACAGCAAGAUCAAGUAUCGCUCGACUAUGCCUGCGCACCGUGCCGAGUCAAAGAUCCGUCAACACCAGGGAUAUCUGCCCAACCAGCCCUCCAGCAUUUUCAAGACCGAUACCAACCAGAGCGUCUUCGCCAGGUUGUUGUCCACCAGCCACACUCAAGGAAAGCCCAGUCUCGAACCCUGUGGCGCGUCCAUUGACGUCCUCCCUCCUUUCAAUGCCGAUGGUCGUCGCACCGUCUACUGCCAGAACUUUGCCAACCACAUUCUGGAACUGAACACGGACACGUUGGAGAAGAGUGGUAUCUUGUCUUGGGAUGAGGUCAACCCUCAGUUCAAGGGCUCGCACUCUUCGCCUCAUAGUCACUUUGACCCUGUCACCAAGGAGCUGAUCAAUUUUACCAUGGACCAUGGAUUCAACUCGACCCAGUAUAACUUUUUCUCGAUGACCGAGAAAGAACCCCACGGAUCUUUGGUUGCCUCUGUCACUGCCAAGACCAGUCACGUACACUCAUUCGCUGUGACCCCCCGUUAUAUCAUCCUGGUUGUCUCACCCCUUAACCCCUCUGAUGGUGGUGUCAAGUAUUCGUGGGGUGCGUCUCUUUUGGACGCCUUCACCUUCAAGAAGACCGAGCCUACCUUGUUCUACGUUGUCUCGCGUGUCAAGAGAAGACACAUUGCCACCUUCAAGUCUGACGCAUUCUUCUUCUUCCACCAUGUUAAUGCUUUCGAGGAUGCUGCGGAUAAUGUCUACCUGGACUUUUCAUUGUACGGCGAUGACACUAUCGCACAUCAAUUGAGUCUGUCGGCACUGCUGGAUCGAUCUGCACCUGCUUUAACCAAGCCCGAGUUCUGCCGGUUCGAGUUGGCAAAUGUUCAGGCCGAGGCGCAGAGGCUAGAGAACUACAAUGCUGCAAUGGCAAACACUGGACCAGUUGACAAGCUUCGUGGAUUCAUGCGUCGUGUUAGUGUCGGUCAAGGAAACGGAGCCAGCUACGCCGUCCCUGAGAAGAACUCGAAUGCGAUCCCACUCGCUAUUCGAAUCCGUAGCACUCCUGGAGUCGAGCUGCCCAGGAUCAACCCUAUCUACCAUGGACUCGACUACAAGUACACUUGGGGUGUUGGCAUUUCGGAGCAAGGCGAUGGUGAUAUGUACGACUGCAUCAUGAAGUUGCACGUCAAGGGUGACGCCGAGCCCACCAUUUGGAGCCAGAAAAACUGCUUCCCAAGUGAGGCAGUGUUCAUCCCUCCUCCCGCGUUUGACCAGAACGAGGAUGCUGGAGUGUUGGUCAGUGUGGUCUAUGACGCCGAGGCCCAUCGAUCGUUCAUCUUGGUUCUGGAUGCCGCGGAUCUUAAGGAGAAGGCGCGCGCCAUGCUGCCCGAGGUUGUGCCUCUGUCGUUCACAAACGGCUGUUUUGCGGCUGGCGAUAUCAGCCGGGGCAUGCAGAUCGCUGCGGCUGCGACGUACUUCAGCGAUGACGAAGAUGAAGGCGAUCAAUACGACGAUUAA